UCACUGUAUCACUUUGUGAUCGUUAGUUCUCUGUUGAAAAUCGUAACCCAAGCUAGACUGCCAAAGUGGCCACAGAUUGAUUUGGUUUAUGCCCGUUCCGGUGAGUUGAGGGCAUUGUUUACCGACACGUUGAACAAGGCAACGCAGGGUUACAGCGCUCAUACGCCGCUAAGGAUGAUCACUUCGUUGACGCUCAAAUCCAAGGACGCCCAAAGUCGCUUGACUCGACCGAACGAAGGUCCGGCUCAUAAAGCUUUGCUUCUGUUGAUGGUUAGAUUGAUUCACGCCGAUCCGAUGUUGCUGUUGAAUAGUUUGAGCAAAGCCGGCCACGAAGUACAGAGCUCAACGCUGGAACUGAUUAACGGUCUUGUGUCGUUGGUUCAUCAACCGACGAUGCCCGAUGUGGCACAGGAAGCUAUGGAAGCGCUGUUGGCACUGCAUUCUCCCGAUAAAAUCGAAGUCUGGAAUCCGGAAGCUCCCAUCAACACCUUCUGGGACGUUAGCUCGCAGGUGCUGUUCUCGAUCUCGCAGAAACUGAUCCAACAUCAAAUCGCCAACUACACCGACGUGUUGAAUUGGUUACGUGAAAUUCUGAUCUGUCGAAAUACGUUCCUUCAGCGGCACAAGGAUUAUGCCAACGUGGGCAGUCAGAUUGCCAUUUGCCGGCAAGCACACAUAAAACUGGAGGUGGUGUUUUUCAUGUACCUCUGGUCGGUGGAUUUGGAUGCCGUCAUGGUUUCACUGUCUUACUUCGGACUACUCUGCGAGGAAGCCGAAAUACGGUCCGGUUCGGAUGAACUUGCCGUGGUUUGCACCCUAGCGAAUUACCAUCUUUAUCAGGAACUUUCGCAUACGUCGAGCACGCUGACAACGCAGAACCGUGUCACGCAGAGUAGCCAAAUGUUACCGAUUGGGGUCAGCGGUCCAUCGUUGAUGCAGUCGACCACUUUGCUGUCCAUCGAACAUACGAUUUACAUCAUGAAGUCGGUGUUGGACGGUCGGCAGAGUAAGGAUCAGAACGAUCAACCAUCGAAUGCGGAACAUUUGGGUGUGACAAGCAUUGAGAACCUGAUGUUGGCGAUUGUGAGAUAUGUCCGUCAUCUGGACAUGACCGUGCACGCGAUCCACAUCAAAACCAAACUGUGUCAGUUGGUUGAGGUUAUGAUGAAGCGUCGGGAUGACUUGGCGUUCCGACAGGAGAUGAAAUUCCGAAACAAGUUGGUCGAGUACUUGACGGAUUGGGUGAUGGGAACUUCGCAUCAAAUAGCACCUCCUAGUUCGGGAGAUGUGACCAUCAUAACCCGUGACCUCGAUCAAGCCUGUAUGGAAGCGGUGGCGGCUCUUCUGCGUGGUCUACCACUGCAACCGGAGGAAUCCGAUCGGGGUGAUCCGAUGGAUGCCAAAAGUGCACUGUUUCUAAAGUACUUUACUCUGUUUAUGAAUCUACUGAACGAUUGUGUGGACGGUUCGGAAGCCGAUAAAGAUACAAACAAUCCACCGUUGCUUCCACUGCGACCGCGGGUAGCUGCCGGGAAAUUGACGGCCCUUCGGAAUGCCACCAUUCAAGCAAUGUCCAAUCUACUGAGUGCCAACAUCGACUCCGGGCUGAUGCAUUCGAUUGAUCUGGGUUAUAAUCCGGACCUUCAGACACGGGCUGCCUUUAUGGAAGUGUUGACUCAAAUUCUUCAACAGGGUACCGAAUUUGACACUCUGGCCGAGUCGGUUAUGGCCGAUCGGUUCGAGCAAUUGAUUCAGCUGGUGACCAUGAUCAGUGACAAGGGGGAACUACCGAUCGCUAUGGCACUGGCUUCGGUCGUGACAACAUCCCAGAUGGAUGAACUUGCCCGGGUUCUGGUGACCCUGUUCGAUGCCAAACACUUGCUGUCUCCCCUCCUGUGGAACAUGUUCUACCGAGAGGUUGAGGUUUCCGACUGUAUGCAAACUUUGUUCCGUGGAAAUUCACUCGGCAGCAAAAUCAUGGCGUUCUGUUUCAAGAUCUACGGAGCCAAUUACCUGCAAGGCUUGCUGGAACCUUUGAUCCGCCCCGUUACCAGUUUCGAGGUAGAUCCGGCUCGUUUGGAAACCAACGAAGACAUCGAAGUGAACCGGAAGAAUCUGAUUGCCCUAACGCAGAAGGUUUUCGAUGCCAUUGUCAACUCGGCCGAUCGUUUUCCGCCGCAACUUCGAUCGAUGUGCCACUCUUUGUAUCAGGUUCUGAGCAAACGUUUCCCCAACUUGCUGCAGAACAACAUCGAUGCCGUCGGGACGGUGAUCUUUCUUCGGUUCAUCAAUCCAGCGAUCGUGUCUCCACAGGAACUGGGCAUCGUUGGAAAGCAGGUUCCCACUCAGAUCAAACGAGGCCUAAUGUUGAUGUCCAAAAUUUUGCAAAACAUCGCCAACCACGCGGAAUUCUCCAAGGAACAGCACAUGUUGUGUUUCAACGAUUUUCUACGAUCACACUUCGAGGGAGGUCGCCGGUUCUUCAUUCAGAUCGCAUCGGACUGUGAAACGGUUGAUCAAACGUCCCAUAGCAUGAGCUUCAUCUCGGAUGCAAACGUACUGGCACUGCACCGUUUGCUGUGGUCUCACCAGGAACGGAUUGGAGAUUACCUGUCGAGUAGCCGAGAUCAUAAGGCAGUUGGGAGACGACCGUUCGAUAAGAUGGCAACACUGUUGGCCUAUCUGGGACCUCCGGAGCACAAACCGGUCGACUCGCAUCUGCUGUUUUCUAGCUACGCUCGCUGGAGUUCGAUCGAUAUGUCGUCCACCAACUUCGAGGAGAUCAUGGUGAAACACCAAAUGCACGAAAAGGAAGAGUUCAAAACUCUCAAGUCUACGAACAUUUUCUACCAGGCGGGAACUAGCAAAGCCGGUAUUCCCGUAUUCUACUACAUCGCACGACGGUAUAAAAUCGGCGAAACCAGCGGUGAUCUGCUGAUCUAUCACGUCAUUCUCACGCUGAAACCGUUCUGCCAUUCCCCGUUCGAAGUGGUGAUCGUUUUUAAGCACACCUGCUCGGACAACCGCUUCCGUACGGAGUUCCUGCAGAAGUGGUUCUACGUUCUGCCGGAGGUGGCCUACGAAAAUCUACACGCGGCCUACAUCUACAACUGCAACUCGUGGGUACGGGAGUACACUAAAUUUCACGAUCGCAUACUUGCUCCUCUCAAAGGUUGCCGGAAGCUGAUCUUCCUGGAUUCGCCAGCCAAGCUAAACGACGUGAUCGAUCCGGAACAACAGAAAUUGCCCGGUGCAACGCUUUCCCUUGACGAAGAUUUAAAGGUGUUCAACAAUGCCCUCAAACUGAGCCACAAAGAUACCAAGGUAGCGAUCAAGGUUGGUCCAACGGCACUGCAAAUUACGUCGGCCGAGAAAACCAAAGUUCUGGCCCACUCGGUUCUGCUGAACGAUGUUUACUACGCGUCGGAAAUCGAAGAGGUUUGUUUGGUAGACGACAAUCAGUUCACGUUGUCAAUCGCCAACGAAAGCUCUCAGCUCAGUUUCAUCCACAACGACUGUGACAACAUAGUUCAAGCCAUAAUCCACAUCCGUAACCGGUGGGAACUAAGCCAACCAGAUUCCGUCACUGUUCAUCAGAAGAUCAGACCCAAGGAUGUCCCGGGAACGCUGAUUACCGAAAAAUUGCCGAAACCAACAGAAGAUAUGCGGAAGAAGAUUGCUAACCAUUUUUUGUGGAAUUUCCCGCUGUAUCUUGGAGCCUUGGAUGGAAAGCAUGUGGCAAUUCAAGUACCUGCCAAUAGUGUCUUUGAGUCAACGCAUGCUUUGACCGUGCUUCGGACGUGUGUCGAUACAGACACGGGUACGACACGGUCUAGUGAGAAUAUUCACAUGGAGCUGCAUUAA